AUGUAAAUAAUUAAAAAUAUUAAUUUAUAAUUUUAGUGUAAAUCAAUUAAGUUUUAUUAGCAAAGCUCAUAUUGUUAAGUUGGCUAAACAUAGAUUUUUAAGCUUCAAAAUAAUUUUUCAUUUACUUAAACAUUUUAAAUCAGCUAAUCUAAUAGCAAAAUUAUUGAAUAUUAUAUUCUAUCAGUAGAUUUAUUAGCAAUAAUUGACAAUAGUUAUUAGCUAUUAAUAUUUUCUCAACAAUAUUAAUUACAGCAAGUUGUAAAUACAAAACUUCAGAGGAAUUCAUAAGUUUAACUAUUUAAUAAUACUUAUCUUGUAGUAAGCUCAACAUAAUCUUUAGCAAUUUUUAAUAUUACUCUAUCUUCAAUCGAAAUCAAUCCAAAUAACUUGUUACUUUAGAUAAAUGAAUAGAAUUAAAUGCAAUCUUUUACUAUAAUGACUUAGUUUAAUAACCCAUUGCUAGUUUAUUCUUCAAAUUAUCAAGCCUAUGUUUAUGAUCUUGCUUAGUAAAAAUUAAUGUGCUACCUUUAGAAUGCAUAACAAUUCGGUCAAAAAUUUGUAUAUGAUGAAAAUUAUUUUUACAUCUUAGGAUUUUCAAAUGUAAUAAUAUAUGAUAUACUAUCAUUUAAUUAUAUUAACUACUACAAGCAAAACUCAUUUAAACACUCUUAAAUAGUAGACAUCUAAAGAAUCUAUGAAGAUUAUUUUAUUUUGAUUGAAAGAAGGGAAUUACAAAUAAUUAAAGUCAAUAUUCAAAACUCAAUGAUGGUUUAAAGCUUCAAGGAUAUCCCUUUGCCUGAAGAAUUCAGUUUUAAAUUAUUAUUUGAUAAUUUUAAUAAGUUAUCUGAGAUAAAUAUUUAAGUGAUCAGCUCAGAUGCAAAAAUGAAUUUAUUUACUUACAGUCUUAAUUAAACCUCUUUUUAGUAAAAUUAAAUUUCAUAAAUCGAAGUCACUUAUGGAAGACAAGUUGAAGAAUACUAUUAAACAAGUUAAAGGCUACAGCUGAGGAUUUCUGACCUUAAUGGCUAAUUAGGAGCUUAAUCUAAUAGAAUUAUGGAAAUUGAAUAACCAUAACCUAUUUCACGAAUAAUUUAUCUUUAAGGGGUUUAUAAAUCGAUGUUUUAAAAUAUUUAAGUCAAUCAAUUUAAUAACACUGGUAUACUAUUUGCAGAAUAAUUCUAAAAAAAUGAUGUAUCUUUAUUUUACAAUUCAUAUUUAAAUUUUAAUAAACUUACAAUCUAAAAUGUGACUAUUGAUUAAGAUUUUAGCUAAAUUAGUAUGAUUUUUGAAAUAAAAGCAUUGAAUUGUAUUUUUUCAAAUUUAAAGUCAGAAUACUUAACCUUAAAUGGAAUAUUUGCCUAGAUAGAAGCUAAAAAUUAAAUCUAAAUAACAGAUUCCAACUUUGCACAUUUCCAAUUUACUAAUUCAAACAUAGGAGGAAUUUUUAGAAUUCAAAGUCUGAAUUUGUUUUUGAAUAAUACUAACUUUAAAAAUAGUAUCUCUUUAGGGUUUUCAAAUGCUCUUUAAAUAUUAUCAAUCUCAAAUUUAUGGAUAUAGUACUGUAAAUUUAUCAAUUUAACUUGCAUAGACAUUCCAAAAAUAUCAUCACAGUAAUCAGCUGGAGCUAUAGAAAUUAAUUAAGCAACGCAAGCUUUUUUAAAAUAUAAUACAUUUAAAAGCUGUGUUUCUUAAAUGAAUGGAGGUUCUUUAUAUAUAAGUUUACUAAAUUAAUAAAGUUUUAUAAUCAUAGAUCAAUGCAUAUUUGAAAAUAAUUAUUCUAAACUAAAAUCUGGAGGUGCAAUUUUUGUAGAAAAUUCAUAUAAUAUAACAAUUAUUUCAAGUUAAUUUAAUAGAAAUUAAGCAAAAUCUGAAAAAGGAGGGGCUAUAGCAAUCAUGAAUUCUAAUUUGUUUAUUCUAUAAGAUACUAUAUUUGAAGAAAACGAAUCAUUAAUAGGUGGUGCUAUUUGGUAUGACUAAUACAGCUCAAUAAAAAUUUCAAAAGAAGUAAAAUAUUCAAACAAUUCUGGAAUAUGUUAUGGUUAAAAUUUAGGCUCUCGCCCCAGAUCUAUUUAGCGAGUAACAUAGACCAAUAAAAUCAAAUUAAAUAAUGAGAUCACAGGUGUAUCUAGUGGUAAUUAGCUAAAGGACAUAGAGUAUUUUAAUUUUUUUGAUGAAGAAAAUAAUCCAUUGAAAUGUAUGGAUAUUAAUAGCAUGUAGUAUUCGCCUUCUUCUGUAAUUAGUGAAGAAAUAAAUAAUUAUAAUAUGUAAAUUGAUACCUAAAAGACAUAAAACAUUUUGGUGAAAUAAUAAUAAAUGUUAAUUAAGAAUUAAAUAUAUUAAUUAUAUGAGUUCAACCCUAUAAUAUUGUUUAAAUAAUAAAUGUAUUAAACUCUAUAUAUUGUUUCAAAUAAUGAUAAUCUUAAAAUGUAAAUUUAAAUAAGGUUUAGAGAAUGUGAAAUAGGAGAAAUCGUUUAAGUUGAUUCUGGUUUUGUUACGUGUUACUUAUGUCCAUAAGAUAGAUAUUCCUUAGUUAUACCAAAUAUGGAGGCAGAUUAGAACUAGUUAAAUUGUUUAAAAUGUCCUAUAUAGGCUAAGAGCUGUUAAGGAAAAACGAUCAUACUUAAUAAUGGCUAUUGGAGGACUAAUAAAUUGUCUGAUGAAAUUUAUACUUGUAACACAAAAGGAUGUAUAGAAGAUGAUUUAAGUAGUAAAUUUGGAUGUGAUAAAGGAUAUAUUGGUCCUCUAUGUGAUACUUGUGAUAGUAAAGGAGAAGUUUGGAAUGAGCAUUUUGGUAAAAAGAAUAAUGAUGAGUGCUUACCUUGCAAAUAAGCUCUGUCUUAAUAUCUUUAUUUUUUUGCUCUUAUUUUAUUUUAUCUAUUUUAUAUCACAAAUAGCAUCAAUAGCUAAUUCAAUAAGAAAAUGAUACUUUUUAAGCUAGAUGUUUUGAGAAAAAUGGAUCUUUUUAUAACCAGUAAGUCAUGCUCACAGGGUUAAGAUUUAUAUUUGUGGAUCAAGAUUUUCAUAAACUAUUUUCAAAUAUUUCAAUUAUUCUUUUUAUUUACUGCUAAUGUACCUUAAUAAAUUGAAUUAGUAAUAGACGUUUUUGGUGAACCUGUUAAAAUGAAUGUCGCCAGUUUAGAUUGUUUGUUUAUUAUGACAGAUAAAUUUCCACUUUGGUUUUUUAGAAUUAUCGUUUAAAUGAGUUCUGUAUUAAUUUAAUAUUUAUUAAUAUCUUUGAUUGCAUUCUAUAUCUUUAAAAGAAAGAAGUUAAAGAUGAGCUUAGUUGGAUAAAAAAGAUUUAUUUUCAUGAUGGUAUUUGGAUUCUUUUACUUAUUUUACUAACCUUCAAUAUCAAAGUUACUGUUAUAGGGAUUGUUUUGUAGAUAAAUAGCUUAAAAAAAGUAUUUAAUUGCUUAGCUUAACUAUGAAUGCUAUUCAGAUAUCCAUUUGAUCUACAUAUUUACUUUUAUUAUUCCUUUCCUUUUCAUAUGGUGUGUUUGUAUACCGUUUUAUUACUAUAGAAAACUAAAAGCAUUUUAACAUUCGCCUCAGCUAAGUAAUAGAUAUAACUAGAUAUUAACUCAUGGUAUAUUGUAUAAAAGCUAUAAAACAUAAUAUGCAUAUUGGGAGCUAAUUAAGAUACUUAAAAAAUUAUUGUUGAUGAUAUUAAUAAAUACUCAAUUAAGCCCAAUCACCUAGAUUAUAUUUAUAUAAAUUAUUUUAUUAUUAUAUUAAUAUUUUUAAAUAACACUAUAACCAUUUUAAAAUUAGUAACAAUAGAAUUGUGAAAAGUUUUUGAUUUUAAGACUCAAUUUUAGCUUUAUUAUUUUAGGUUUUAUCAUUUAAGAUAGUUAAGAUACUGGUUUCAGUGUUUUAAAAGUUUUAAGUUAUAUUAGCUUAUUUGUUAUUAAUCUCUAAGUUUUGUUUAUGUUAAUAUAAAUAACCUUUAAUAACAUAGAAAUAAAACUGAUUAAUGGGUAAAAUAAUGAAAGUAAAAUUACUUAGUUGGUCAUAAUUAUGAAAAGAUAUUUACCAUAUUUGAUGUAAUUUAUAAGAAUUAGAAGAGUGAGCUAUAUAAGAGUACAUAAGUUAUGGAAAAAAAUUAUCAUCUAAUAUAGAAAAGUAAAUAUCUCAAAGUUAAAGGAACCAUAAGAAUUUAAAAUAUUUUCUGAAAGUGUAUAAUAAUAAAAUGAUUAAGGAAAUAUUUAAGAAAAAUAAUAAUUUAAAGAUACAGAGUAUUAAAUUAGCAAGCAAUACUCUAAUUUAGAAUCUAAAGCUUUUAAGGACGACUUAAUUUUAUGUUACCAAACAAUAAAAAAUGACAAAUAGUUAAUCUUUGAUUCUCAGCUUAUUUAGGAAUUAGAUUAGCAAGUAAAUCUUCCAAUUUCUCCACCUAUGAAUUACUUUUAUAAUAAGAAAACAAAAAAUAAUUGA